AUGGACUCAAGCUCGCCUAGUUCGCCGCAGCCACCCCAGGGCUCGCCACCUCCAUCGCAGCCCACGGCGAACGAAGGAGCGACUGAGGGAGCACCAAAGAGAGCCAGCAGUAUAAGAAAAAGUAACGAUGGAGGGGUGAUCGAGCGGCGCCCCCCAGAGCAAAUUGUCGUGGGGGAGAUACGACAGAAUUUAGACGAUCUGAAGUCCGCGAUCCUCAGUUACUACAGCCGUCUCUAUUCGCAGCCUGGCCGAUCUAUUGAGGAAAGGCUUGACAGGCUAGCCGCACCACCGUUUUCAAAUACAGUGAAAACGGGACGCCUCCCGCCCGCCAAUAAGGCCAGCAGUCGUCCAAAGAGGCAGUCAAGCUUCGCAGUUCCCCCACCCAACACGUGUUUUGACUUCCUUGCAGAGGAGCAAAGAGAGGGAACAGUCACUGGUCAAACUGAUUUACAGAGAGAUCCCAACUUGCAAAAACGCUUCUACGGGAUUUCGCAGCUUCCGGGGGAUAAACCCAGUUCAGGGAUGAGAGGUCAUUCUAACCUUCUAGGCCGUCAGCUAGGCGAGGCUCGUGGUGGCCAGAUUAACGAGCUACUAGAAGAUCUGCGCUCCAAGUGCACAGCGGCCUCCGCAAGGCUGAACACUUUAGCGGACCAGCUCGAGCGAGAGGUCGAGGACCCGGACCUGCGUGAAUGGGAGUACACGACGUACCCAGAGGUAUGUUCGUAA